GAGGUACCGCACGUAUACGGCUUCUUGAAUCCGUUAGGCAGUGACUACCCGGUUCCAUCUUUCAAAUUAACAACACACGUCCCCACAGUAACAUUGCUGCAUUCGAACUGCGUACAGAUCUCGAAAAUGGAGUUUCUGUGGUUUGAGAACCUCACGCUGGGAGUAGCAAGCAAGAGUGAUCCGCUUUUCCAUGUUGUCAAGCGUCCUUGGAUCUCGGCUACCCUUCGCCGCUAGUCACACACAGGUCGUCGCAGUGUCACACAGCCACGGUACCACUACCAGGCCAGUGGCCACCAGCGGCGUCGCCGAGCCGGCCGCGUCCGUCCAUGGCGCGCCCCGGCAGCCGCCCGCUGCCGCCGGCCAGCACCGAGCCGCGGGCGGCAGCCACUCUCCCGCGGCCCGGGUCCGCCUCCCGCCGCCGCGCCCGCAGGGUCCGCGUCCAGAGCCCCUCUCUCGCGGCCGUCCGCCGGGGUCCCGCCCCGCCGACGCCGACGCCGACGCCACACCCUCCUCCGGAGACCCCGCCGGUCCGGUGGCCCCUAGACGCGGGCGAUCGCUCUACCCACCGUCCCGGCGCGGGCGCUGCCCUAUCGGUGAGGGAGAUCGCCGCGGCGCUGUGGCGAAUGCUCCAGCCACCGCCGCCGCCGCCGCCGCCGCCGGGGCCAGCGAGGGCGCCACGGAGGGCUCAGUCCAGUUCGAAGCGCCCACACACGCCUGAUCAUUGUCAGCACUAUAAAGCACUUGUCCAGGGCAGGACAGGGAAUAAGACUGUUAACAAUGUCCCACAUGAGAUGGAAGCUCAUUCUGCAGUGCGUCAAAUAGAAACAGAAAUGGCAACAAAGUGGAACCAUCAAUUCAUGAAAGCUUCCCUGAGUGCAGAUUAUGAUUACAUUGAACGCAAACAGAGGGAUGCUGGUAGAGAAAUCUAUACACUGAGGGAGGAGCUUGUGGUGGCUCAGGACCGGAUUCAUGAGCUUGAAGCAGAGUGUCGAUCUACAAAGAAGCAACUUGAUCACUUGGCGAAGAAUAUUUCAGAGGAAAAGGCUUCUUUGAAGAGCAGGGAACAUGAUAAGUUUCACCACAUCUUAGACGCAGUUAAGGAAGAACUGAACCGGGAGAGGAAACAGCGACAUCGGGCAGAAAUGAUGAACUCCAAACUGCUCAACGAUCUAUCUGAGAUGGAGUUAGCUGCAAAGCGUUAUUCACGAGAUUAUGAGAAGGAGAGGAAGGCACGGGUGCUCAUGGAAGAGGUUUGUGAUGAACUAGCGAAGGAGAUCACAGAAGACAGAGCUGAGGUUGAGGCUAUGAGAAGUGAAUCGAUGAAGAUCAGAGAUGAAUUGGAGGAAGAGAAGAAGAUGCUCCAGAUGGCUGAGGUUUGGCGUGAAGAGAGGGUACACAUGAAGCUUGUCGAUGCAAAACUGACACUUGAGAAUAAGUAUUCUCAGCUGAGCAUGCUUCAGAAUGAACUUGAGGAUUUCCUUCGUUUCCAUCCAGGCUGUAAUAUGGAAAAGGGCACAGUAAGGGAAGCAGAGAGGCUCAAAGAAGCAAUCUGCUCUUCGAAGAUAAAUGGCAUCAAGGAGUUUUCGUACAAACUCCCUCCUCCUUCAGAAGACAUCUAUGCUGUAUUCGAAGAACUAAAGCAAAGAGAAGAUACUGCUGAGAAGGUGAUUGUGCAAUGUAACGGAAAUAGACCAAAGGGUCGUGCAUCAAGGGCCCAAACAGCAAGUCCUGAAACGGACAUGUUCUUGGAGAAUCAACCAAGCAGAUAUUGCAAUCAGCCUCGCACCCGAAAUGAGGCGGCAGAAGAUGAUAGUGAAUGGGAAGCUGUAAGCCAAGUCGAGGAGAACGGGUCUAGUAAUUCACCAGGGGGAAGCGAACCGUCUGUGAAUGGCUUCUGUGGAGAAAACGAUGCUUCAGUGAGUGGAACCGAUCGGGAUGAAAACUGCGACAACGAUCAGGCACGUAGUGAGAUCAGUGAAGUCUGUUCAAUAGCAGCAGGUUGGUCUCAUAAUAAAAGACCAUUCGUCGGACUAUGGAGAUCAUCAAGCACUGCGCACCGAAAAUCAAUGGGAUCCAGUACACUCAACGGUAGAUCAUCAAACGCCAGGAUGUCAAAUCUCACCGAAUCCCCUGACCUGAAGAGCAGCGAAGUGUGUGGUAGUCCGCGCGUCACAGGGCAGUGGAGGCCAGACCUGCUAAACCCGGACAUCGUUCGAGCUAUAAAAGGAUGCAUCGACUGGUCCCAUGGAGCGCAGAAGCACGGCUUGAAGUCCGAGAUUCUGGAGGCAAGGAUUGACGGCAGUAAGGUCCAGCUGCGCCAAGCAUUGAAGCAGAAGAUAUAAGCGUGGUCGGUCGGUCACGUUCUUGAAGGGAAGCAAAGAUAUCAUGGUGCGCCUGUUGACGAGGCAUCUUCAGCUGGAGGUCUGGAGGAGCAGGCAGCGCCCCGCCCCGGCAGGCCGCCACCGCGAGAGGAAUUGCUGCAGCACAGCAGUGGUUGUUAGAUUUGGCUGUACCCAAUCAAUCGAUGCCUCACGGCCCCCAUCUGCUUCCUUAGUGUACUAAAUUGUAAUCACACGCCUGUCCUGUGUAGAAAUAUAUUAAGUUUAAUCAGUAAAAGCAAUGAAAUCAUUCGACCA